ACCAAGAAAAACAAAACACAUAACCACUUGAGUCUAUACCAAACCCCUCUUCCUCUUUCGCAUUGUGAUUCGUAAAGAUUUUUUUUUUUCUUUUACUCACAGUCUUCCCGCAAUCCCCAAAUCGCCCCUCCUCUCGUCGAAACCCGACCCCAUCUCCAAAUUCGCCUCCGGCAUCGUACCAUUUCUCUCACUACUUCGGGGAUUCGCUCCUUCUUCCGUCCAUGGCUCUCCCAGACACUCUCACUAGCACUCCCACCAGUUCUAUGGAUGAAAGGGAAUCCUUGAAGAAUGACACUCCAAUUUGCGGCAAUGCUUGUAAGGAUGUGACAAAGGAGAAAACCUUCUAUCUUCAACCAGUGUCACCUUUUUCUUCUGGUGUAGGUUUGCCAUAUGCACCUGAAGGGUGGCCUAGUCCUGGUGAUGUAUGGGGCUGGAAAGUGGCAAAAAGGAUGAACAGUUUUGGAUAUUUUAUUGAUAGAUUCCUUACACUUCCAAGAUCUCUUGAGACAUCUCGUCGCAAGACAGAGCUUCGAAGCAAGGCUGAUAUUAGCAGAUAUCUUCAAUCAAAUUUUCCUGACAUGAAAAUUGAAGCAUUCCUUGCUUUAUUUAGCUGGCAGAUUCCCUCAACUCAGCAAACACCCACUAAAGCUGUAGAAUCACUGGAGACCGGAGAAGAUGCCACAGAUGAGAUUGGCACCCAAAGAAAGAAGUUAAAACUGGAAACAGGAAGCGUCAGUCACCCCACUGAGAAAUCUCUUGGACUAUUAGCUCUACAAUCAUCGGAGACCGGAGAAGAUGCCACAGAUAAGACUGGCACCACGGGAAAGAAGUUAAAACGGAAAACACGAAGUGUCGGUCGCCCACCUAAUAAGAAAUCUUUUGGACUAGUUCAGGGUCGUCCCCAUUUAACACCUGAUCAAGUUGCAAAAUUUGAUGACUAUCUUGAUACCUUGGAGGACAUGCUUGUUAUGCCUGAAAUUGAGACUACACCAUCGGAUAAUCUAACUCCUACCAUUUUGGAUGAUAAUGAAACGAUUGAGUGCUGCAAGAAGAAGCUGUCUUCCCUUCUUGCUGUAGAUUUUUCUUCUUUGGUCUCUCGUGGUGAUGUUGCAGAAGUUGCAACACUUGCUGCACAAAUUCGUGAAGAUCCUAGUCUUAGUGUUGAUCAACUGUUUAAGUUGAAGUUGGUGGAACAAGUUCCGUUAGCCAGUGAGGCUUUCCUGGAGGCUAAGAAAAACAUUGAGGAGGUAGACAAUUUUUUAGCUGACCUAGAGGCUAAGAAACUUAAAGUUCCUAGUCUCAGAAAAGAGUACAACGAAUUGAAGGACAAAAUAGGCCAGCAAGAGGCUGAAAUGGACAUAAGCACUCUAACUAUUCGAGAAAUUGAUGAUCAAAUUCGGCAACUUCAAGCAAAACGAAACCGGAUAACUAAUGGCCUUGAAACCAUGAAGAAGACUAAAGCUGAGCUGACUUCCGAGCUAACAAAUGUCGCUAACUCAAUUUCAACCAUUGGUCAUGACAUUAAACAUGGAUUAUCGCAAAAGUCAAAAUUGGAGCUGAAGAAAGCCAACAAUAUCCGGCGUGUAGCCGAGAUACAAGAAAAGUUCAUCACUUUAAGAGGGUUAACAUUUUAAUGAAACUCGUCUAGAUUUUCUCAGUUUCACAAAAACACUUUUGGAUAGCUAGCUAUGCCAGUGUCAGUGAUUUAUAAUGUAUUUAUCCAUGUUUCUAACUUAUGGGUCUGCAUCUGUGGAAGUUGUGCUAUAUAACAUUGUUUUUAGACUUUGUGACAAUGCAUGUAGUUAUGUUAAAAUUGCAAAAAAUGACCUGUUUUGCAGUCA